CCUGGCUUGCAGUCUCACGCUGAGAUCGCUGCGGCUCAGGACACGGGACGAACGGACCGGCGCCGGGUGCCGCACCGGGUGCCGCUUGGCCAGCCCGGCCAGCACAGUUGUUGGCCCGACCCGAAAACACCCGCGACCCGCGAGGACAGUGCGAGUGUGUUCAGAGCGGCCCCCGCGGCCACCCGCCCCAGCGGCAUGCAGCGCGCGAGCGCGAGCGGCUGCGGCAGCGGCCCCCCGCAGGAGGGCGAGCAGCUCGCCGAUCUGCACGCCGCCGCCCAGAGCACGGCGGGGUCGCCGGCGGCCAGGACGCCCGAGGAGGAGACGGCGUCCACCUCGGCCCUUGUGGCUACCUCGGUGGAAGGGUACCACCCCUUGUUCCACCACCCCCAGUGGGGCGACAUGCUGGGCCCGGGCGGUUCCCGACGCGAUCAGCUGAUCGCCGCCUCCCCCGCGCCCGCCCAUCCGGCGUCCGUCGACGUGCUGCAGGGCGCGCGCCGCUGCGGCCGCCGCUUCAUGCGCGUGUUCAGCGACAACCUGCACAACUGCUACGUCGACCUGCUGGACUCGAAGCACAUGAUGGAGUUUCGCGCGCGCGCCUUCAAGCGCCGCCUCUGCCGCGGCUCCAAACGAGAGCCCGACAACGAGCUCUACCGCAGCAACAGCUUCAAGUUUGAGCGCUUUGAGAGGAAGGACGACCCCAACGACAAACAGGUCCGUUUCCACUCUUCUACUUUACUUUUUCUCCGCCGGAGGCGCGCUUUGCCACCCUCGUGGUGGUAUCAGGUGGCGCUGUGUGACGACUACAGCCUGCCGGUGGACUUCGUGAACAAGCGGCAGAGCCUGCGCACCUGGCGGCCCCUCAGCGCGUGCGAGCCGUCCAUCGAGCUGCUCGACACGUACUGCGACCCGCGCGACUCCAAGGCCUACCUGGUGCCCGGCGAGGACGCCACCGCCAAGGUCUACACCAGCCCGGACCGCGAGUACACGCACCCCUACGCAGACGGCACCAGGGCCGGAGCACGCUUCUGCAAGGCGGCCAAGGCUGCUAAGGUCGCGGCGCGCGCAGCUGCAGCUGCCGCAGCGGUAGCGGCGGUAGCGGUCGCAGUCGCUGCCACCUCCACUGCCUCCAGCACCACCAUCACCACCAUCAACCCGGCGGCCACUGCCACCACCGACGAGGAGGCGGACGAGGACGCCGACGACGAGGAUCCAGACGACGACGAGGACGACGUCGACAUCGUCUCCCGUCGCCCCAGCGCCCCACCCGUGGAGGAUGACGGUGCCUAUGAGGACGUCAUCGUUCAGGAGCUGCAGGAGAAGUACCUGCAGGAGCUGCAGCAGCAGCGGCUGCAGGAGUCUGUCGGGGGGACUGUAGGGGAGGUGCAGCUGCCCCCUCGCUGCCCCUACUACUACGCCGACCUGCUGCUGCCCCGGGCUCCGCCCCGAGAGCACAGGAAGAGAGGACACGACACAAGGCGUUAUCGCAAGAGCGCGUCGGUCGACAGCGCGACGCCGCCGGGCUGCCCCCGCUGCUCGGCGCCACUGUCCGCCGCGUCCCCCGGGUCCGCGCCCGGAGCGGACUGCCACUGCCAGGGAGGACGCCGCUGCCUGCCCGCGCGCGGCUGGUCGCUCAUCGAGGAUGGUAGUGGAGGCAUGUCGCCCGUCAGUGGCGCGCCGCCCCGUAUCCCGGAAUGCCUUGACCUCGGAGACGACAUGAACCGACGUCUACAUCUGUACGAGACGGCCUUCGACUCGCGCGUCGCUGCGCCGCUCGACCGCCGCGGUGAGGACGUGAGCAACCACGCCAUCCUGGCCGUCAGUCCGGCCGUGUCCAUCGGCAGCCAGGACGGCACUCCCGGUAGUGCGUCGGGCGUCGCGGUCCUCAGCUCGUCGCUUGGAGGCCUUCACCUCGGGUCAAGCGGUGGGUCGGAGCGCUCCAACUCCCCGCUGAGAGGGUACUCGCCGCCCCCGCCCGGGUCGGCGCCUUCCUCGGCGCCUCUGCCCGUGAAGUUCCACGGCCACGGCUCGCAGGGCCGCUCCAUGCUGUCCAUACGCUCGGCGCCCUCAGCGCCGCACCUGGCCACCAAGGCCGUUAGGGAGAUCAAAGGAAGGCCGGGUCACCCGCGCCCCACUAGCCUCGCCAUGACGGCCUCGUCAUCGACGGCCUCCUCGACGGACCCGGCAGCGGGAACGUCAUCCCAGCAAGACCUACCCCUGGCGCUAGCGAGGCCAUCUCGCGCCAGGACCAUCCUGGACUUCAAGGGGCGGCCGACGGGGAGGGUGGACCGACCGCUGUCACUCAUCGCUCCCCGCCGUCCUAAGUUCUCCUCCACCGAGUCGAUGGCGACGUCCUCCUCUGGAGGGUCUCUCGAGUCGGUUCGGAGCUCUACCAGCGAGGGGGAGAGGUCUUCCUCCUCCGAUGGCCGUCCUGGGUCAUCGUCGUUGUCCUCUCACUCCGAGGACUCCGCUGGGCCUCUACUGUUGCACGGGACGAACUCUGGGCCGACGAGCAGGUUAUACAGCAGCGCGAAGCUGCACAUCCUCUCACCCAUAUCGGACAAGUCUUCCCUCGAGCCGUGCUCCGAAACAUCCGACAACAACCGGAACAACAAUUCAGAGCGCGCGUCCCCGGAGCUCGUGAGUGGAGGUGGCGGUGACGGCACCCCGACGGGUUCGACGGGGCCGCUGCCCGGGGGCAACGGAGGUUCGGCGGCUGGCACUCCGACCGGAAACACGCCCUCCAUCGGUCUUAGCCUGAACCUGAAUGCCGACCAGCAGACCAAAACCGCGAGAUGCAGGAGAACGCCGAACAAUAGGAACCUCAAUCUGAACGCCCUGUCCCUCCAUGGGGUGCAGUCCGUGUUCAGCGUCAAUAACAAGAACGGUGAUGGAGAGGUUCUCGGGUCGGACUCUGGCAUCUCCGUCGACGGCAGCAACCUGCGGUGGGCCAACAACUACCAGCAGGACCUGGAGCACCUCCCGUUUGACAUGCCGAAGCUGCGCCGGCGAAGGGCCAAUCCUAGUCUGGAUACGACCACGUCCGGGAGCGCCACGUCGGUGGAGGCUGGGAGCGCGGGCAGCGGGUGCGUGGGGCACGAGGAGCUCCCGUUCGACAUGCCCAAGCUGCGGCGCAAGCUGCGUGCCUCCCUGACCCUCGCCAACUCGUCCGAGUCGUCAUCCGCCAGCCAGUCGUCGGAGCCGCAGGAGGUGGAGCAGCUGCUGCAGGACCUGCCCUUCGACAUGCCUAAGCUGAGGAAGAAGCAGAUCAGCCGCUCCUCCGAGUCGUCCUCUACCAGUCAGUCAGACCCGUCAGUGGGUAUUGGCGCUGUGGGCAGACCGGCCCUCUCUCUCAACCUGGCUGCUGGGCUUGGCCCGUUUGGUCCAUAUGGAGGCUGCAGUAGCCUCGGCACGGGGCACGCUGGUCCGGGGGCGCCUGCGGAGAGCUUCGCGGAGAGCUUCGGCAGUGGGGCGUCAAGCGCGUUCGCGCCGACGCGCGCCUGCGCGCCGCGGGGAAGGCCCGGGCUACCGGGACUCAGCCUGAGCUUUGGCUCAAACUCAAUCAACGCUCCGUCCGCCCAUAUCGACACCGCGCUGCCUCUAGAGCGCCAAGGCUGGUACCUCGGAGCUAUUUCUCGUUUAGAGGCAGAGAGGCUACUUCGACAAGCUGGCGAGGGUAGCUACCUGGUGCGGAAUUCGGAGUCUACGCGGCAGGACUUUUCUUUGUCUCUUAAGAGUGCUCGAGGUUUUAUGCACAUGCGUAUCCAAAAAGAUGAAAAUGGUCGCUUUAUUCUAGGGCAGUUCUCCCGCCCUUUCGAAUCGGUGCCGGAAAUGAUUCGACACUUCUCAUUGAAUCGCCUGCCAAUCAGGGGAGCUGAGCACAUGUGUUUACUGCAUCCAGUAAUUCAGCCCUUGUUGUAAAAUGUCAUUGAAAUCCUUCCAUUCCACCUUGUUAUUUUCUGCAUUUUAGUUAGGAACUUGUAUAAGAGAAAAAUAAUUAUGUGACUCUUUUGUUUUGUGCAUCAGAUAGAGAUUUAACAGUUAAUUUCUGCAGCGCUCCGGGUUGCACCAGGACAGUGUCUGACUCUGACCCUGACCUGGUGCAAAACAGUCUGGCCUGCACGUUUUUCAGAUAUAUGUGAUGUACAAAAGAAAAAGAAAGAAGUGAUACUGUUAUUGUUCAAUGCAAUUAUUGUAUUUAUAGUUUUAUGUUGAAAGUAUGUAAAAAGAAUGAGGUUUCCAAAUUGAUUAUACCUCUGUCUUGUGCAUCUAUUUCUGAUCUGAUUUUUUUAAAGAAUUCAGUCCUAUUUUAAUGAGAAUAAGAUUUCAGUUUGAAAAUAAUUAUUUGUAGACUGUAGAAAGACAACAGUGUGCCCAAUUGAGAUUUGGUAAGAAUUGUAUUGGUAGGUUGUGAAGCUGUGAUUUGAUUGAUAAUUAUUAGAUGAGAGUACGGUUUGAAUUUUUCACUAUCUAAUCUUUGAAUGUACUUCCGUAUACAAAUUUUAAUAUUCUGUAAAGUAUCUUAUACCCUAAAGUACUAUGUAUUUCUUAGAUAUUGCAAUAUCUAUAUCAAUACGGAUCCAGUCUGUAUCAGAGUCAAGAGGAGAGCACUAUUCAGCAUUUCUUUUUGUUGUUGAGUUACUUUACAGACUAGAAUUACGUGAAAGUUAAAACUGCUGUAAUUUCCCAAUUGUUAUUAUUCAUCUAUUUUUGGCUUUAUUUCUCAGUAAAAAUUGAAUAGUACGUACUGUAGGCUGUAGGUGGUUGUGAUGUCAAGCAUCCCUUGAUUUUUUUUCUUUGACUUUGUAGCAGACAAUUAUUUUGUUCUGAAUUUCAAAUGUGUAUUAUCUAAUUCUUUACCAUUGGUAGAGGUACCAGUCUUCCCGUGACUGCUUCUAGUCUUACAGUCUAGUCGAAAUGCUCUCAUUUGCAAACCAUAUCAACAAAACCUAGACUUAUGAUUUAUUUGAACACGCUCUAGUCCAAAGAACGUGUGUAGUCAUUUAGUUACUAAUUUAUGUCAUGUAGCAACAAUUAAACGACUGAUUUAUACCAACUUUCUUGCACCCAUUUAAGCUACUGUGAUGUACUGCAUGAGCCCCUCUUUGUAUUCCUCAACUCAGGCGAAACAAAUCAUACUUUUUAACUUCACAGCCCAGGCAUUAUUUAACUGCUCAUUUGGAGUGAAGAGAGCAGGAAAAGAAGCUAAUGACAUUACUCACAUUGUUUUUUAUUUAAAAAAAUAAAAAGCCAUCCAUGAAGAGACUGUAGCUGAGGCUUCUGAUCUUACACUGAAAGGUUUUGAAAUAUUGUAGUGUUUUCUGUGUACUGUUACCAUAUGAACAGCAAGGAGUUACAUAUUAAGUGAUCAUCCAUUAUUACUUAACAUGACAGUUAUGUGCCAUAUUAACAAUAAAAGAAUAAAAAUCA